GUCGGAUGCUGGUGGUGGCCACUAAAUACUUCCGCGGCAGUUCCUUCAUGUGGAUGUUCUGUGAGGCCUUCUACCUGCAUCGCCUGCUGGCCGCGGCCUUCUCGCCCGAUGGCAGCCUGCUCAUCUUCUACCUCAUCGGUUGGGCGCUGCCCGUGCUGCCGACGGCGCUGUACGCGGGGCUGCGCGCGACAGCCGCCGACGCCGACUGCUGGAUGCAGCGCAGUGCCUACGAGUUCGUGCUCAUCGUGCCCAACAUCCUCAGCCUCCUGGCGAACGUGGGCUUCCUCGUGUACAUCCUGAGGGUGCUCAUGACCCUCAACAAGCCGUCAGAGCAGGAGCCCGCGCACUACAGAAUCUGA